AUCGAUGACGUUUUUACCACGCGCCAGUUAUCUGUGUCAAAUUAAAAGUCCUGUCAAAAGAUUACAUUUUCACUUUGAGAUGUUAUGCGGUUCGGUAUUGACCGCAAAAUUCGUUAAUUUUGGCACAGACCAUUGCAGGUGGAGACAAAGUUAAAGAAGAUGAACUUUACGAACAAAACGCCGUGUUGGAUAUCAGGCUCUCCUUUGUAUUUUUAACUUGUUUACGUCGAAGCGCUAGAGUUGCUGUCGAAGGGAGAAGAUCUCUAGAUCACCUGAUGCAGCCAGGUAAGCUGCAAGCGGAUGGAUGAAUGGCCGAGGCAUGCUGGAUGCUGGUUAUACUCUCUAGUCUAGCGGGGGAUUCGACGUGUGUCUCGUACUGCUGCGCUUCCUCCCCCUGUCUCCCUCCAUCGCGGUCGGUCUCCAUCGGCCUGUGAGCGGAUGACUACCAAAGCCUGCGAUCUUACCGUCGCCAAAAGGACUCCAUGUCUUUCUUGGACUGUUCCUGCAUCUCCCACACUCAGGUCCAGCCCUUGGACAUAGAGGAGCGCUAUGAGGACAUCAGCCACCAGCUCCUGAGCUGUGACAGUUCUGAAUACACUCUGCAAGGGCCAGCAGGUGGCGAUGACAUCACAGGGCUGUCAGCUGAGCCAGCCCACUACCAGCUACUGUGUGAGCUGGGGAGGGGCUUCAAUAAUCUCAGCCAGGUAAACAUGGCCCGCUACAUCCCCACUGGCCAGCUGGUGGCCGUCAAACAAACCAACCUGGACGAGUGCACCGAGGAGGAGCUGCUGCAGCUCAUGAACGAGGUUCUGCUGUCCAGGCUGUUCCGUCACCCCAACCUGCUGACCUCUCGCCUGGUUUUCAGCUCCUGCUGCCAGCUAUGGGUCCUCACACCGCUGAUGGCCUAUGGCUCUGCAGACACCUUACUAAGAACAUAUUUCCCAGAUGGAAUGAGUGAGUCCCUGAUAGCGUACCUGCUGUACGGCGUCCUGAAAGCAUUGGAAUACCUGCACCGGAUGGGCUACGUUCACCGGGGUGUGAAGGCCAGUCAUAUCCUGCUGUCAGGGGAGGGGCGUGUCUACCUCUCAGGGCUCCACAGUGUUUACAGUAUGAUGCGUGAGGGGAAGAGGAUGAGGGCAGUUUUUGACAUGCCCCACCACAGCCCUGCCCUGUUGCCCUGGCUCAGCCCUGAACUACUGCGACAGGACCUGCACGGUUACGGAGUAAAGUCAGAUAUCUACAGUUUAGGUAUCGUUGCCUGUGAGCUGGUCAGCGGCAGGGUGCCUUUCCAGGACAUGCCCCCCACUCAGAUGCUGCUUCAGAAGCUACGCGGCUCCCACUGCUGCCUGCUUGAUGUGGCUCCGUUCCCGCUGGGAGAGCUGGGGGGGCUGAAGGUGUCCCGGUCAGGGGUAGACUCCGGCAUUGGGGAGAGCGUGGCCACCGGCAGCAUGACACACAGCGCAACCGCUCCUCCUACUGACCGACCUCAGAGCCCUGCACCCAAAAACCACUCGGCCACCCUGCACAACCUGGUCCAGCUGUGUCUGCAGCAACAGCCUGAGCGCAGACCGUCAGCAUCUACACUGUUGACCCACGCCUUCUUCAAGCAGGUGAAGAGACACACCAGAGACACCUUCCUCAGCCUAAUGUACCCAGCAGUGCCCCUCACCAGCCCCGAGGACCCUCCAGUAUUGCCCCCCGCCUUAUCCUGCCACACUCCGACAUCAACCUCCACCGACACCACUGAGGCUGUGUGGGACUUCUCCUAACCCCAAUUCUCCUUCCCUAAAUCUCCAAAUACUGACUAGCAAGCCAAACACAAGACAAUCGAAGCAAAGCAAUGAGGCCAAGUUCUACUGUGCUUUUCUUUUGUAUUAUUAACCCAACUCUCUGAGCCUUUUUUGAGUAGUUUGGAGGUAUUUUAUAUGUUUGUCUGAUGAAUACAUUGAGUUUGGGUCAUGGGUUGGUGACAAGACUGUGAAAGUGCUGGAUCAAAGACGCUGCUCUGAUCAUUUAUAAAGCAUCUAUGAUGACACUAAUGAACUUUCAACAACUCCCAUGACUAAAGACUAAUCAGUUGACUAAUAAUCACGCACUUCCUCUGAGAUAAAAGGCAACUAUGAGUGAAAGAGAAAGUCCACCCAGAAAUACUUUGUUAAAAACAGCUAGUUGUGCUAAACCGUAUAUGUUGUUUUUACUGACAUUGUUAUCUGUAUCUGAAAUAAGUAAAUAAAUUAAAAAGUAAAAUCCUAAUAGGUACUGACAAAAUAACCCCUGAAGUCUAAGUGACUAUGCUCAGGUGGAUUUUUCCUUUACAGUGUAAUGUAUUCAGACUUAAUAGUAAAUACUGAGAUGGCUAUGUAAAAAGAGCACAUGAGGAAUAGAAUAUAUAUCUAGUGUCCCAUGUAGGACUUAGAGACCAUCAGUAGAAACAGUAGAUUCCCUGCCUUUGUCGUCAGUGAUUCACCAAAAGAAUAUUUCUACUGUGCUGGGUGACCACUUCUCCAACAAUGCCUUUGUUUUAAUGAAACCUGCAUUCUGAAUAUGGUGAUCCAUCUGUAACUGUGAUUAAGUGUACUGUGUAUGAGAACUGUGAUCUACGGUACAUAUCAAACAUGGUAGCUGUAUGAGCCUUAUAUAUAUAUACACACAUAAUUAUAUAUAUACAUAUGAAUAUACAAAAUUUGAUUUCUAAACUUCCUGUUAGCCUUGUUUGAUUACCAGCUGCGACAGCGACGCUGGUAUUGUUUUCACCUCGUGUGUGUGUGUGUGUGUGUGUGUGUGUGUGUGUGUGUGUGUGUGUGUGUGUGUGUGUGUGUGUGUGUGUGUGUGUGUGUGAGAACUUUGCCAGCUGUUUAUAUUUUUUGUCUCUCUUUAGACAGAUUUUAUCAUUGCAAUAGUGUCACAACCAUGCAAGAUGCAGUCACUACAAGCAUUAAACUACAAGCAGUCUACUAGUAAAAGCCUCUACCUGUAUCACAUUGUCCGGUUUACUCAAGUUGUUGGCAUAAUCAAAGAACCUGGUAUUCUGAUUGUGGUUGAAUAUGUGUUUGAAAAGAAAGACACUGGGAUGCAGAGGCAUUUAUCCAUGUUUCUAAAGAUCAUUCUGUAUACCCAAGCAUGUCUUUAACUUGAGUGAUGAAACAAUUAGUAAUAAUAAUGACUUUUUAAUUUUAGCACCUUUAAUGCAAAUAUUUAGCCCAAAGAGCUUUGCACAACAGAAUUAAAAACAAUGUUCGGUUAAAAAGAGAAACAAAAGCAAUAUUGUAAAACAUUAAAACCAAUAUUGAAUAAAACUAGAAAAAUAUGUAAAUUAUCACUAAAUCAUCAAAUGUGUGCCACGUGCACUGAACUGAUCCAAAUAUCUCUUUGAGCAGUAGAAAAAACAAAUCCUGUAUCAUAUUGCAUUGCAUAAAGGUUUUUUUUUAAGACUACAAUCCACGUCUAGUCCAGGCUGCUUCAAGCUCCAUCAUCAUUUGUCAAAGCCACAUUACUUUAUUUAUUUUUUAUGACUUAUUUUUAUAUAUAAAGAUAUAUAUAUAUGUAUAUCUGAAACCCCCUUUUUCAUGUGAAAUAAAACAUUCCGUCACAGAAACGCAUCUCCACACCCCUAGUGAGACAUAGCAGCUCUCUACUGCUCCACUAGAUGGCAACACAACAUCAAACCCAGGGAUUAAACUAACCAAUGGAGCUCUGCAACCAAGCCCAGCCCUUAGCAACCACAUAGCUCCACAUCCACAACGUAAAGUGGAUAAACUGUCGCAAACGCACCUAAUGAUUAAAAACAAUAUUGCAAGCCACGAUUUUUUUCCUCACAACAACUUAAAUACGCUAUGUUAGAAACACGCAUACUGUAUUGAAACUGCAGUUUAAUAAUCCUGACUAGUUUGGUAAUAUGUUUGUGCCAGUUGCUGCAGUGUAUUAUGUAUCCGGUUCCCCUGCCAAAUUAAAGGUACUGGUUAACCAUUUCA